GUAGUAGAUAUUAGAUAGUAAUAAAACCGCGUGAAGAAGCUUCCUUCUCUGUCUGCGUGCGUCCCCCCCUGUCUAUCUAAUCCCAAAUCUUCAUUCGACUCCUCUUGUCUUUGAUUCCUAUCCAAAUCUCUCAGAUCUGAAUCUCUCUCUCUCUUUCUCUCUACAAACAUGACUACCGCUUUAGAUAUGGCCUUAGACGACAUCAUCAAGACCAACAAGCAAUCUUCCGGAUCCUCCAACCGAGGCCGCGCCCGACCCUCCUCCGGACCCGGACCCGCUCGCCGCUUGUCCAACCGCUCCGCCAACCGUACGGGUCCCUAUUCUACUCCUAAGGCUCCAGAGUCGACGUGGCAGCACGAUUUGUUUAUGGAAGAGAAUUUGGGGCGAGCCUCUGCUAUUGAGACCGGUACCAAGCUCUACAUCUCCAACCUUGAUUACGGUGUUUCCAACGAGGACAUUAAGGAACUGUUUUCGGAAGUUGGUGACCUGAAACGUUAUACAAUUCAUUAUGACAGGAGUGGGAGAUCAAAGGGAACGGCCGAAGUAGUCUUCUCCAGACGAGGAGAUGCUGUGGCUGCUGUCAAGAGGUACAACAACGUCCAGCUUGAUGGGAAACCAAUGAAGAUAGAGAUUGUGGGUACAAACAUUGCAACACCUACUGUAGCUCCAGCAGCUAAUGGCACUGUUGGAAAUUUAAAUGGGAUUCCCAGAGGUGGACAAGGGAGGGGCGGUGCACUAGGAAGGCCACGUGGCGGCAGUAAUGGCCGUGGUUUUAAAAGGGGUCGUGGACGUGGACGGGGAAGAGGCCGUGGUGAAAAGGUAUCUCAAGAAGAUCUUGAUGCUGAUUUGGAGAAGUAUCAUGAGGAAGCAAAGCAGAAUAAUUGAAGGCAUUUAUCUUUUUUUAUUGUUUGGCUAUUACAAUAUUCUGUGGCCGUUUGCUGUUUGGUGAUGCAACAACCUCGUCUAUUUUGUGUAACUUUACCAAAAUCCUACUACCUAGACAAAAGAGGAAAAACUACCCCUAGAGAGAACUUUUAGAAUCUUUGUUAUAAGGAGUUUGGUCUUUUAUUGUCGAUUGUCCCUUUGAUUUGGUAUAAAUUAAUGGACAGCUGUCAGUAUGUAAUCUGUACCCUUACUUUUGGUGUCAUUAGCUUCUUUAGUCUUCCUGUUUCCUUCAACAAGUUGGAGUUUGGAAGCUGGAACUAUUUUCUCUCUGGUUACUCCAUAUGCAAAGUAAACUUUGGCUGCAUUGUGGGAGAAUUGAGCCUUGCUGAAUCACCCACUGCUACAAUGUCUUUUGGUUGCGACUGCAUCAUAAAACCUGGGAGACUUCAAUUGAGGUAGCUCUCUUUAUGA